AUGCCCACCAAACUUCACCCACUCGGAAACAAUGGUCCUCUUGUACCAGCCCUAGGCUUUGGUUUAAUGGGAAUGUCCCAACCUCACUAUGGGGCACUUCCAAGUGAUGAGGAGCGCUUUGCCCUGCUUGAUCGGGCGGUCGAGUUAGGGGCUACUUUUUGGGAUACUGCCGAUCAAUAUGGCGACAACGAAGAACUGCUUGGUAAAUGGUUCAAGCGAACUGGAAAGAGAGAUCAGAUAUUCCUUGCAACGAAGUUUGGUUAUGUGGAACAUAGCAAAACAUACGAGACUGAUAGUUCGGCGGCGUAUUGCAAGAAAGCUUGCGCAAAGAGUCUGGAAAGACUAGGUGUAGACACCAUUGACUUGUACUAUUUACACAGUGCCAAUUUCGAGACACCGAUUGAAGAAACCAUGCGUGGCUUGGUAGAGCUUCAAAAAGAAGGCAAAAUCAAGCACAUCGGCUUAACCAUGGUAACCUCCGCCACUGUCCGCCGAGCAUGCAAGAUCGCACCUGUAACCGCCGUACAAACCGAAUACUCAGUUUUCUCUCGUGAAAUCGAAGGUAAAGCUGGCACUGAUCUCCUUGCCACCUGCCGCGAACUCGGCGUCGCAGUAGUCGUCGCAACACCCUUGGGACGAGGUCUGAUUACAGACGCGUUCAGUAAAGGAGAAGCUAUCAACGAAGGCCCCGACAUCAGACCCGUCGCAAUCCCACGGUUCAUGGCUGAAAAUGCACCCACAAACACAGCAACAGUCAACAGGUUCAAAGCCUUUGCUGACAACAAAGGUUGCACUAUUGCGCAGCUUGCUCUUGCGUGGUUGCUGAAGCGUGGUGAUGACAUAUUCCCGAUUCCGGGCACGAAGAAGAUUAAGUAUCUGGAAGAGAAUUGGGCUGCGCAGGAUGUUUCUCUUUCGGAUGAGGAAGUAGCGGAGAUUGAUACCUUUCUGGACUCAGCUACUAUCCUUGGUGGUACUGUGCCGCCGCAGUAUGCAUCUUACAUCUUCAAGGAUACCAAAGAAGAGUCCGCUUGA